AUGUGGAGGCUGAAGCUUUCAGAAGGCAAAGAUCCAUGGCUUACAAGUGUAAAUAAUCACAUUGGAAGACAAUAUUGGGAGUUUGAUCCAAAUCUUGGAACACCAGAAGAGAGAGCUCAAGUGGAAAAAGCUCGUCUCAAGUUUCGCAAGAAUCGUUUUCAAUCCAAACAUAGCUCUGAUCUCUUAAUGAGACUUCAGUUUGCAAAGGAGAAAGCAUGUGAAAUGAAGCAAGUACCAGCUCAGGUGAAAGCGAGAAGUGAUGAAGAAGAAAUAAGUGAGGAAACAGUGGGGAUCACACUGAGAAGGGCCUUGAGCUUUUACUCCACUCUGCAGGCUGAGGAUGGUUUCUGGCCUGGUGACUAUGGGGGACCUUUGUUUCUUCUACCUGGCUUGGUUAUUGGCUUAUCUGUAACAGGGGCCCUUCAUGCAAUCUUGCCGCAUGAGCAUCAACAGGAGAUCUGCCGUUAUCUGUACAACCAUCAGAAUAUGGAUGGAGGUUGGGGAUUGCAUAUAGAAGGCCCCAGCACAAUGUUCUGUACAGCUCUGUCCUAUGUCACUUUGAGAUUGCUUGGAGAGGAAAUGGACGGUGGUGAUGGCGACAUGGAUAGGGCACGAAAAUGGAUUCUUGAUCGUGGUGGGGUUACCUUCAUUCCAUCAUGGGGAAAGAUGUGGCUUUCAGUCCUUGGUGUCUACGAAUGGAGUGGAAACAAUCCACUGCCACCGGAGUUGUGGCUUUUACCUUACUCUCUCCCAAUACACCCAGGUCGAAUGUGGUGUCACUGCAGGAUGGUUUAUCUGCCCAUGUCAUAUUUAUAUGGGAAGAGAUUUGUGGGUCCCAUCAACGGCCUUGUUUUAUCACUCAGGAGAGAGCUUUAUACCUUUCCUUAUCACCUGAUUGAUUGGGACCAAGCAAGAAAUCUAUGCGCUAAGGAGGACUUGUAUUAUCCACAUCCCAUUUUGCAGGACAUCUUGUGGGGGAGUCUUCAAAAGGUUGGGGAGCCUCUUCUCAUGAAAUGGCCAUUCUCAAGGCUAAGGCAAAAGGCUCUCCGCACUGUAAUGCACCACAUACACUAUGAGGAUGAAAAGACUCAGUAUAUUUGCAUUGGACCUGUCAAUAAGGUACUAAACAUGAUUUGUUGUUGGGUGGAGGAUCCAAAUUCAAAAGCAUACAGGAACCAUCUUUCAAGAAUCAAAGAUUAUCUUUGGGUUGCAGAAGAUGGAAUGAAAAUGCAGGGAUAUAAUGGAUCUCAGUUUUGGGAUGUUGCUUUGGCUGUGCAAGCAAUCCUUGCAACCAACCUUGUCAAUGAAUCUGGUUUUGUGCUUGAGAAGGCACACAAUUUCAUAAAAAACACACAAGUUAAGGCAAACAGCUCUGGCAAUCUUAGUUAUUGGUACCGCCACAUUUCGAAGGGUGGAUGGCCCUUCUCUACUCCAGAUAAUGGUUGGCCUGUCUCAGAUUGUACGGCAGAAGGUUUGAAGGCGGCACUCUUACUAUCACUUAUGCCGUCUGAAAUUGUGGGAGAAGCCAUACAAGCGGAUCAACUAUAUGAUGCUGUUAAUGUGAUAUUAUCCCUACAGAACAGUACUGGAGGAUUUGCAUCGUAUGAACUCACAAGAUCCUAUGCCUGGUUGGAGAUGAUCAAUCCAGCGGAAACAUUUGGAGACAUCAUUAUUGAUUAUCAGUACGUGGAAUGCACAUCAGCAGCAAUUGAAGGCCUUAAAUCAUUCUUGAAAUUAUAUCCAGGACAUAGGAGGAAAGAAAUUGAAGCAUGUAUUGUAAAGGCAGUUAAAUUCAUCGAGAGCAUACAACUACCUGAUGGCUCAUGGUAA